CAUUAAAAAUAAACAAGUACCAAAGUGCGACGGUGCUUUUGUGAGAAAUAAUGUGAACCGAACUCAGCUGCUUUUUGUAUUGUUGCAGUGAUAUAUGAUAUUAUUUUCGAUAUACAAAAAUGGCUACCAUAUUUUCUGUUCUUAAGAUAACGCUAUUAAUAAUUUUCAUAGUUCUUUAUUUAAAAACAUAUGCUGAAGCUAAUCAGCAAAACAAAACAGUUGGAAAAAACCAUCAUGUUAGGAGAUCGAGUGUGGACGACAGCUUUUUCAAAAAUGAGAAAAAGGAAUCCUAUAAGUCUUACCAGCCAGCUGCUAUAAAGUACCACAAAACCUAUCCAAGGGCUGAUGAACGUACGGAUUACGACACAAAUUCUUACGAUAAUGAUUACGAUGCAGUUGUAUCUAAUUUCACGUCUUCCAUUUACGAUGAUAAUCCACCUCUGUAUCCUAAUCCUGAAGACUUUACUAAAAACCUAGCUUUUAAAGGCGAGAACAAAGAACAAAACGAAGUGGAAUUGCCCGAUGAUUCCCUAGCUGAUGCUGAUCUCAAAGAACACAAUAUAAUCGACAGCGUGACUUACCUGUACGGAUUUAAUAAUUGCCAUGGAUCAAAAAGCGGAUGGAUUAUUUUGAUUGUCAUAAACACAGCAAUAUCUUGUACUCUACUGGUCGUAGCUAUUUUGUGGCUGUUGAUUAGCGGAUAUGCGGCGAAAUUUCGACAAGAGAGUAAACUCUAUCCCAUUACAAUCAAUCUUUGUAGUUGUUUCAUUGCUUGCGCUCUUAUUUAUGUCAAAGCUAUUGGGGGUUCUUCUUCUCCUUAUGUUUGCGAGAAGAUAGCUUUGCUACUGCAUUAUACUUAUCUAACUUGUUCCACCUGGAUAGUGACGAUGGCGGCUGCUUUAACGGAAUAUUGUGCUUACGAUACAAUAAUACCACUAAAAUAUAACUAUCUGUUUGCGUAUGGAAUACCUGCAUUCAUUGUUAUGUUUAACUACGCAAUCUCAAUGGAACAAUACGAAAUCAAGCACUAUUGUUGGAUGUCGUUGGAAAAGGGUAUGGUAAUGGGGUUCAUGGUACCUGCCAUGCUACUGAUCAUUCUUAAUACCGGAAUAAUCUUACUCGGCCUAAGAUUGGUUCAUAGGAAACAAUCCGAAGCUAUCCAAGCUAGAUUACAAGAACUUUUGGGUCGUCAGGAAACAAACUAUCGUAGGACCGAUCACAUCAGCGAUAACAUUAGAAUGAAUGAAAACAAUGAGAUGAUAGACAAUCUUUAUGCUGCUGGAACCAGCAGGAAAAAUACUGAUAGUUCUGAAACUUUGGACAAGGAUUACAAUGCGAGCGACGACAAUUGCUAUAUUAACAUUGAUUUACCCAAUGAAGCGAAUGUUGAGGAAGGAACGGAACCGAACGUCCAAGAUAAAGAUGGUCAAUACCACAACGUGAAUGAUACAUAUAUAGACCCUAAUUGGAUGAGAUUCAACUGGAGCGCCGAAGGCAAUGAUCUCAAAACUUACCUGAACCUUUGCCUCGUACUGGAACCAUUCUUUGCCAUUAACUGGGUGAUGGGAGUGGCCGCUAUCGAAAACGCCGCGCACUGGACUACGCCGACAAUCUAUUUGGUUCUCUCACUGACUAUGUACGUGUACUUCGCUGUGACAAUCUGCUCGAACUUGCCAAUUUUGGCUGAAAAGACUCCCGCUCCCGUCGUCACCUCUACCGCUGUCAGCGACGUUGUCGGAUCACAGGAGCCCACUGUUAUUCCUACUAGGACCACAGACAGCAUUCCGUUACUGGACCCGGCGGUGCAACAGCCCAACGGAACUCCCGCCCCCGCGGAUACUAUUAGCACAAUUAGUAUUUAAAAAAUCGAUAUCGAUUUCGAUUAACUCUUACAGAAACCAAUUUGAGGUUUGUCAGCGAUGACAGUUGACUUCAAAAAUGGAGGGAAACUAUAUUUAAAUGUCAAAUAUGUUGACAUUUUAUUCACGAAUAAAGUUAAACUUUA